AUGUCAGACGACCGUGAAAACGAUGCGCGACCCGCAAAGCGCGCGCGUCUCGACCAGAGCACCACCCACACUCCCUCCGCCGCUGCAACACCGCAGGCCACGCCAGGCUCAGCACUAAAUGCGCCAUCGCAGAUUGAAACGGACUACGAAAGAGAAGCUCGCGCCGGAAUUACAGAAUACGUCUGCCCCGAUAACUUGGGCUUCACAGGCAUACUGAAGCAGAGAUACACUGAUUUCUUGGUCAACGAGAUCGGACUUGACGGACAGGUGCUGCAUUUGAAGAGCACGCAGGUCGAGAAGAAGAAGAGGGACGUGAGGACUGAAGCGCCAGCGGAUGCUGAGAAGAUCAGGCCGGAGGAGAAGAUUGCGAUUGUGGAGGACAGUAACGCGCCUGUCGUGCCAAAGGAAGAGAAGCCUGCGGAAGAAAAGCCUGCGGAAGCUGAAAAGCCUGCCACAGCAGCAGGGACAAACGGUGGUGAGGAGACAUUUGCCAUUGCUGCGGCGCCGAAGAAGGAGGUCAAGGAAGAGAUCUCGGACGAUGAUACCAAGCUACUCCACUCGAUAUUCGGGGAAGACAUAACAAACCAGAUUAUCGCACUCGUGCAGAGCAUACGGAACCGCGAAGCUGCGAAAGCGAGGAGCUUCAAAGCAGUUACAUCGGCACCGAUCCUUGACAAAGAGACGCGCACCAACGCGCACAAAUCCCUCCGUCGCCUGUUUCCAAACCUCCUCGAAACGUCUAUGGAAAACGAUCAAUCGAUUCGGAUCAAGGCCAACCCUCCAGCGGAGCGCAAAAGCAAAGGCGGGAGAGGAGACAAGGCCAAUGGGGAUCAGAGCAAGCACAGGGGCGGCCAGCUUGCGUGGGAAGAGCUGGGUGGAGACUACCUCCAUUUCUCGCUGUACAAAGAGAACAAGGACACAAUGGAGGUCGUUGGUUUUUUGGGAAGCAAGCUCAACAGCGGCGCGAAAGCGUUCGCUUUUGCAGGAACCAAGGACAGGCGCGCUUGUACCGUUCAGCGACUGUGCGUGAAGCGCCAGACUGCCGAACGCAUUGCCGGGUUCAACAGGUCGCUGUUCAAUGCUGCGGUUGGUGACUUUGAGUAUCGUACGAACGAUUUGAAGUUGGGUGACUUGAAGGGUAAUGAGUUCACGAUCACACUUCGAGACUGCAAAUUCCAGAACGAAGACGGCAUGAACGACGUGCAAAGGCAGGUUUUCGCCAAUGACGUUGUCGGUAAAGCUAUCAGGGACUUCUCUGAGAAAGGCUUCAUCAAUUAUUACGGUCUGCAGCGUUUUGGCUCUUUCGCAGCUAGCACAGACCAAGUCGGGCGCAAGAUGCUGAAAGAUGAUCUGCAAGGCGCUGUCGAUGAUCUAUUAAACUACAGCGAGGUAGCACUCGCUGCAGCAGAAGGUACAGGUGACUCCAGCAUCCUCGUAUCCCAAGAUGACCGCAACCGUGCCAAAGCCCUCCACGUCUGGAAGACUGAAGGCAAGGGCCCUGCUGCCUUGGAACUUCUCCCCCGCAAGUUCACCGCGGAACGAAACAUAAUCCAACAUCUCGGCUCCCGCAACUCCCAUUCUGGAAAGCACGACCGCAAGACAGACUGGCAGGGCGCUUUGAUGACUAUUCCUCGCACUCUGCGCCUCAUGUAUGUUCACGCCUACCAAUCGCUCGUCUGGAACGCAGUAGCAGGCAAACGAUGGACUACAUAUGGCGACAAGGUCGUAGAAGGUGAUUUGGUACUCGUCGGCGAGCAUCUCGACAAGACCGGCGACUCUUCCUCUACUGUCAAAACCACCAUCGACCAAGACGGCGAGUUCAUCAUCAACCCCUCUGGCACCGAGAACGCCAACGCAGUCAACGACGACUUCGAACGCGCGCGCUCCCUCACCAAAGCUGAAGCCGAAAGCGGCUUGUACACAAUCUACGACGUCGUCUUGCCUCAGCCUGGCUUUGACGUCGAGUACCCCAAAAACUCUAUCGGCGAAUUUUACAAAGAGUUCAUGGGCAGCGAGCGCGGCGGCGGUCUGGACCCGCACAACAUGCGCCGCGCGUGGCGCGAAGUCAGCCUGAGCGGCGGGUACAGGAAGUUCCUGGCGCAGCCGCUGCAGCCGCUGGAAUUCGAGGUGCACAGUUACACCAAGCCGGAUCAGCAGUUCGUCGAGACAGAUUUCGACAAGAUCAAGAAAGCGAGGGGUGGAGCGAAGGAGGGCGAGAGGCAGACUGGAGAUGUUACAAUGGAGGAGGGUGAGGAGCUGGACGAGAAGAAAAUCGCGGUUGUGGUCAAGUUGCAGCUGGGCAGCAGCCAGUAUGCUACUAUGGCAUUGAGGGAGCUGAUGAAGGCGGGUGGUGUCAAGGCCUUCAAGCCUGAGUUCAUGGGCGGAAGAUGA